AUGUCUAUUAAGUUGGUUAUUGGUGGAUGUGUCCUCAAUGUCAUCAGCGCUUACGCGCCGCAAGCAGGCCUGGAUGAGGAGGUUAAGAGGCGCUUUUGGGAGGGCUUGGACGAGUUGGUGAGUAGUAUUCCCCACUCUGAGAAGUUAGUUGUUGGAGGGGACUUUAAUGGCCAUAUUGGGGCUACUGCUGGUGGUUAUGGCGAGGUACAUGGUGGCUUUGGCCUUGGGGUUAGGAACGGAGGAGGCACUUCGCUGCUUGAUUUCGCCAGGGCUUUCGAGCUUUUGAUUGCGAACUCGUCAUUUCCAAAGAGGGAUGAGCAUUUGGUUACUUUCAAAAGUUCGGCAGCGAGGACUCAGAUUGAUUACCUCCUCCUCAGAAGGAGCGAUGAGGGUUGUGCAAGGACUGCAAGACAUCAAGGUGACUGGUGGUGGAACGAUGUAGUCCAGGGAAAAGUGGAGGCAAAGAAGGCGGCGUUUGCUAAGUUGGUAGGGAGCACAAACGAGGAUGAAAGGAGAGUGAACAGGGAGAGCUACAAGGUGGCGAGGAAGGAAGCGAAGCUGGUGGUCACGGAAGCUAAAAAUGCGGCGUUUGGUCGUAUGUACGAGGAAUUGGGGGAGAAAGGCGGGGACAUGAAGUUAUUCCGGUUGGCUAAAGUGAGGGAGAGGAAGGCUCGAGAUCUAGACCAAGUUAGGUGCAUCAAAGACGAGGAUGGUAGAGUUCUGAUGGGGGAGUCUCAAGUCAAGCAGAGGUGGCAGUCGUACUCUCGAGACCUGCUUAACGAGGAGGGGGAUCGAGACAUAGAGCUAGGGGAGCUGGGGCAUUCAAAGUGUCAUAGAGACCUUGGGUACUGCAGGCGCAUUAGGGUGGAGGAGGUCGUGGGGGCUUUGCGUAGGAUAAGUCGGGGUCGAACGACCGGGCCAGACGAAAUCCCGGUGGAGUUCUGGAAAUGCGUGGGUAGGACAGGAGUGGAGUGGCUGUCUAGGUUGUUCAAUGUGAUCUUCAGGACUAAGAGGAGUGGAGGUGGAGUACAGUGUCACACCAUGAAAGUCUGGGAGCGGGUGGUUGAGGCGAGGGUGAGGGGGAUGACGUCCAUAUCCGUGAACCAGUUCGGUUUCAUGCCGGUCCGCUCCACUACAGAAGCUAUCCACCUGGUCAGGAGAUUGGUGGAACAGUUCGGGGAUAAGAAAGAGGACCUGCACAUGGUGUUUAUUGACUUGGAGAAGGCGUAUGACAAGGUCCCAAGGGAGGUGCUAUGGAGGUGCCUGGAGGCGAAGAGCGUGCCGGAAGCCUACAUCAGAGCGAUCAAGGACAUGUACGAUGGAGCUAAGACUAGGGUUAGGACGGUGGGUGGCGACUCAGACCAUUUCCCGGUGGUUAUGGGGCUUCAUCAAGGAUCCGCGCUUAGCCCUUUCUUAUUUGCCUUGGUGAUGGAUGCACUGACACGCCAUAUUCAAGGGAUGUGCCAUGGUGUAUGCUAUUUGCUGAUGACAUAG